CUGGAUCGCGGAAAAAAGCAGCGGAAGAACCGGAGCAUGGGCCCACGAGCCCACAAUAUAAUUCCAACUGAAAUCCACGUCAUUCGAAUAUUCCAGUCCCACUCUGCCCUACAGAAAUCCAUCACAGCCCCACCCUAUAUAUAUUCUCCUCUUUCACACUGUACCUCCCUCGCCUCCGCCAACCGAAACGGCGGCGCAGCGAUGUCGGAACGCCGUGCUCCGCCCACUCUACUCAAGCACAAAUCGUGGUCUCCCGACAUGUACCGGGAGGAGGCGUGGGCCAGACGGAAGGGGAACAAUCGGCGGCGCGGCCGAACCAAGAGCGUCACCGACGACGACCUAGACGAGCUCCGCGGCUGCAUCGAUCUGGGCUUCGUCUUCGACCCGGAUUCGACCGAUCUGGAUCCGAAUCUCGCGAAGACCUUCCCCGCGCUGGAUCUCUUCUGCGCCGUGAACAGGAAGUACAGCGAGUGCUUGUCGAGAUCUUCGUCGACGUCCACCCUCGCCUCGGAUUCCGAUACGGCGGCGUUCUCCGGGAGUCCGUCACCGAGUCCGGUCAUCGAUUUAGGUGAAGAUCCGGCGACGGUGAAGAGCAGAUUGAAACAGUGGGCGCAGGUGGUGGCGUGCUCCGUGCGGCAGUCAGCUCCGAUUCAUUGACCAAAACAAUGUUCUUUUGCUGAGAUUAUACUCCGUAUUUUUCAAAAUUUAGCAGAUUUUCUUCUUGUUUUUUUUGGUUUCUCGUUGAAUGUUCAGAAAUCAAGUGUAUAUAUAUAAUGUUCAUUGUAUUUCUCAAUCCAUUUUUUUUUCAGUGUUUUUGUUUGAGCAAAUUUAGCAUACUCCCUCAAUUACAAAUUAAAUAUGAGUACUUACACUUCUCAAAAUGAAAAAAACUUUAUUGUGACAUGUAAUUGGUGUUGCAAAAUUCAAACUUUACACAUAGUUAUGAAAUAAAGAGAUUAUUAUGGA